AAUCUGCCACCUAAUUCCUCCAUUCUCACCUCCGUCACACUCGUCUUCGGUUUAUCUCUGCAACGCGAGAAGCACUAGCUGACCAUCAAAGAAAAUCAAAGAAAAUCAAAGAAAAUCAAAGAACAGCGAAGAAACCGGAUGAUUUGAUCGCACCUUCCCCAAGUCGAUCAUGGCUCAUACUCAGCUAAUCGACUCCCUCACCUCCCAUAUCUCCCUCUACCAUUCCACAUCCUUUCUCAUGAACCAUGAUUCCAAUCUCAGGUCCUCCAUCCUUAGAUGGUUCUCUUCUCUCACCGUUCACCAACGCCAAGCUCAUCUCACCGUCGUUGAUUUCAAAUUUGUUCAAAUCCUCAUCCAAAUGGUAGCACGAGUUCGCAGACGAGGACAUGGUUUCUUUAUCCUACUCCCCGACGUUCCAUCCGGCGAUCCUCUGCACUUGCCCGGUUUAUGCUUUAAGAAGUCGCGCGGGCUUUUGUCUCGCGUCUCUGAGUCCAGUGAGUCUGAGAGGAUGAUUUUUGAGUCCUGUCGUUUAUUCGGUUCCAGGGAAGGUGAUAAGCUCGAGGAAUGUUCUUGCUCGUUCAAGAAUAUCGAUUCUUUAACUGUAAGCGAGGAAUUCGUCGCGAAUGUGGAUAAAUUUGUCAAGGUGAUGGAUGUAGUUUCAAAUGGGUGGUUUUUGAGAGGUGAAGGGGAUGACCUGACGUCCGAUUGGGCUGAAUUAAAUUGGUUAAAAGCGAAAGGGUAUUACAGUAUUGAGGCGUUUGUCGCAAAUCAGUUGGAGGUGGCUUUGAGAUUGGCGUGGAUGAACUUGAAUACUGGAAAAAAAAGAUCGGUGAAGCUCAAAGAGAAGGCUAGGGCAACUGGCAUGGCGACAAACGUGUUUUGGAGGAAGAAGGGAUGUGUGGACUGGUGGGAUAAAUUGGAUGCUUCGUCAAGGGAAAAGCUUUUGACUUCAAUUCUAGGAAAAUCAGCAAAACAAUUGAUACAUGAGAUUCUGAGGUGGACAAGUGGACUUGCGGAGCAUGAGAUGGGGCUCUUUAGUGCCGAAUGGAAUAAACCAUUUAGGUACAAUUGUACUAUAUCUCCAUCAAGGUCCAUGUUAGCAUCCCAAGCGGACCUGCAUAUAGACUUCAACAUUAUUCCAGCUACACAUUCUGGAAAACCUUCUUCCUUAUCCAACAUAUUUAGAAAAUUGCUUGUGCUUCAGGAUAUUGUUACGAUGGUAUCUUCGUGUCUUCAUGAUGAAUACUAUAAGAGUAAUCUCUUUUACAGCACUUUGGGUUCUAUCUGUGCCAUCCCUGAUUGUAUAUUAAGAAAAUUGCGGGAAUUUCUUAUGUUUAUUUCACUUGAUUGCACAAAACUUGAACUUCUAGGAGAGGGGAAUAGUAAGUCCUUGCCUAGUAAAUCAACAGAGAAUCUAGGUGCUUCCCGUCGAAGGAAAAAGGGAAAGAGCCGGAAAUCACAGAAUCCUGUGCCGAAGGCAUGUAUAGGUGAUUUAUCAUGUAAUAAAUUUCAUAAGCCUCAGGAUUUGGACAAGGAGUGUGCUCAUAAAGGGAGAGAAGAUAUGAUGGAAUCCACAAUGCCUAUUUUGUCCAAGGGAAAUGAUACUUGCAGAGAAAUGUCAGCAGAUGUAUCAAAAACGGUACAUGACCAUAUAAUGAGUGUUGGAAAAAAUCAAGGUACUACAAGGAAGAAGAAAAAACACAAAAGUAAAAACUCUGGUGGGAACAACAGAUUAGUUGAAAUAAUACCUUCUGAAGGGCCAACCGCUAAAUUCUCCUCUCCAUCUUUUAGUUCUCAGGAUCAGGUAGCAGAGUUGGAUAGCAUGUUCAGAAAACCUUUCAUUUCAAAUAUCAAGAAUGAUAGUUCAAAUAAUUAUGACAGUUUAACUUCAAACUCAAGUCCUAUAGUUCCCUCUAGUGAGCCUAAUAGAGAGUAUAACAGUAACCAAAAUGUUGAAGUACAUGAAAUUUCUGGGCCAACGGAAUCUGUCUGUCACGUUGGUCCUGGAGAAUCUCAGUUCCCAAAAGGAAUAAUUGAAAAUCAAUGCGUAUCAUCUACAUUAGUUCCUUCUCAUUUUCCUUCAUUGGAGUUAAAGAAUAUUGUCAAAAGUGAUGUCAAUGUGAAUGGCUCUGUGCGAUCUUGUGAAUUACGAGAAAAAUCAUCUUUGUUAGAUAAACUUCCGAGAACUUUUGAUAUACAGGAGAAAUCAUGCCUAUCUCGAGAUCAAUUUAGUGGUGACAUUUGUAAUACUAGGACCUUGAAUUCUUCGUUCAAUUCACAUCUCCCGCCUGCUACUGAUAGAUUACAUUUAGAUGCUGGUCAUAAUUGGCACAAUCAUUUCCGUCGGUCUUUCACACCUGCAAUGCAUCAACCAAGAAGUUCUUCUGUUAAAGGUGGUUGCAAUCCAAUUCUGACUCGACCACUGUUAAUGAGUCUAGAUUGGCCCCCUGUCUUACGAAGUGCUUCUGGCUUGGCUUCAACAAUGACGUCAAAUCAUGAUUUUGGGUUUCUUCCUAGGAGACAAUCUACUUUUCGGCAGGGGUUCCCUACUAACAGCAAUCAGAUUAGUACGGAAGAUGAAAAGUACUCUGGUAAUCUCACUGAUUUUCCUGAUUUGUCAAAUAAUCAGGACCUAGCAGAUGAGUGUGAUGGAAACUGGAUAUCGGAGGAAGAAUUGGAAAUGCAUGCAGUUUCUGGGUUAGACUACAAUCAGUAUUUCGGUGGUGGUGUAAUGUACUGGAAUCCUUCUGAUCACCAUGGGACAGGGUUUUCUCGACCUCCUUCUCUUAGUUCUGAUGAUAGCUCAUGGGCUUGGUGUGAAGCUGACAUGAACCGAACUGUUGAUGAUAUGGUUGCUUUCUCUUCUUCUUACAGUAAUGGAUUGGCAUCCCCAACUGCUACGUCAUUCUGUUCUCCUUUUGAUCCACUGGGAUCUGGAAAACAGGCGCUUGGUUAUGUGGUGCAAGGACCUGAUCUACCCACCAACAUGCUUCAUUCCUCACUGACUAUGAAUGAUUCGGUGACAGAGGAGGAUGCUCCUAGAUCUUUGGCAAAUUUGCCUAGUGAUGUUGAAGGGAAGACAGGAGACUCACAUCCAUUUCCAAUGUUGCCGCCUAUUGUUAUUCCAAAUAUGUCAAGGGAAAGAUCAAGAUCUGAGUUCUGCCAUGGUUUUGACCAUAAAAGCCCAUGCAUCCCUCCCACUAGGAGAGAGCAAUCUCGAGUAAAGCGGCCACCAUCUCCUGUAGUUCUUUGUGUUCCACGGGCACCAAUACCACCUCCACCUUCUCCUGUAAGCGACUCCAGGAAGCACAGGGGAUUUCCUACUGUUAGAUCUGGUAGCUCAAGUCCAAGGCAUUGGGGUGUAAAGGGUUGGUAUCCUGAUGGAACUAAUUUGGAAGAAGCAUGCUUACAUAUUGAUGGUGCUGAAGUUGUCUGGCCUAAUUGGAGAAAUAAAAGUAAUUCUAAUUGCUCGACAGUUCAACCUUUAUCAUUAAUAGCAAUGUCCCAGAUAGCUCUCGAUCAGGAGCAUCCAGAUGUUGCGUUUCCUCUCUUUCCCCCAACAACAAGCUGUCCUGUAAAAAAGGAAUCUCUUUCUUUGAUGCAUAGCUGCCUAAAUGAUGAGAUCAACUCUUUCUGCAAGCAGGUUGCUGCAGAAAACAUGACUAAGAAGCCUUACAUCACAUGGGCUGUUAAACGGGUCACGCGGUCCCUUCAAGUCUUAUGGCCCAGGUCCAGGACAAACAUUUUUGGUUCAAAUGCAACAGGUUUAUCCCUUCCCACGAGUGAUGUGGACCUUGUGGUUUGUCUGCCUCCAGUGAGAAAUCUGGAACCUAUUAAGGAAGCUGGGAUCCUAGAGGGGCGUAAUGGUAUUAAAGAAACCUGCCUUCAGCAUGCAGCCAGAUAUCUUUCCAAUCAGGAAUGGGUAAAAAGUGAUUCCUUAAAGACGGUGGAAAAUACUGCUAUACCUAUUAUCAUGCUUGUUGUUGAAGUUCCCCACGAUCUCAUUGCUUCAUCCACUUCAAAUAUGCAAUCAUCCAAGGAGGAGUCCUCUGCCGUAUCUGGGGAACAAGAUGUCAACCUUCUUAAUGAUAUGGCUAGUUUAGAAGAUUCUGCGCUGCAAAAAUGUUUGGUUGUGAAAUAUGAUUCCUCAUCUAGCACCAAGUCAGUUCGUAUUGACAUCAGUUUCAAGACUCCAUCACAUACGGGACUCCAAACUUCUGGGCUGGUUAAGAAGCUGACUGAACAAUUUCCAGCCACUAUACCUUUGGCGUUGGUAUUAAAAAUGUUUUUGGCAGAUCGUAGUCUUGAUCAGUCCUAUUCUGGCGGCUUAAGUUCUUACUGUUUGGUAUUGUUGAUUGUACGCUUUCUCCAGCAUGAACAUCAUCUUAGCCGUCCUAUCAACCAAAACUUUGGGAGCCUUUUAAUGGACUUCCUUUACUUCUUUGGGAAUGUCUUUGAUCCUCGUCAAAUGCGUAUUUCAAUACAGGGGAGUGGAGUCUAUAUUAAGAGAGAAAGGGGAUAUAGCAUUGAUCCUUUACAUAUUGAUGAUCCUCUUUUCCCCAUGAAUAACGUUGGACGAAAUUGUUUCCGUAUUCAUCAAUGUAUCAAGGCUUUUUCAGAAGCUUAUUCUAUUUUGGAGAGUGAGCUGAUAUCCCUUAAUGAUAAUGGUGAUUCUAGUUCAGAUGCAACUAAUAGUGUGCUGCAGAAAAUAAUCCCUAGCAUUGAUUUAUCAUAAGGAUAAUGUGCAUCACACGGAACCGUAUCCUAUCCUUCAAUUUAAUGAUGGGUUUGUCCACUUAUCAACGAGGUGGAAGUGCAGCCACGGCAAUAGGGGUCAAAACUGGUUAUUCAGGUAGGACCCGUAAGAGGCGGGGUUUCGUCCACUUGCUUGCCUGGCGUUCUAUCUCCACAACAAUUGAGUUGGUGAUCAUCAUUUUGUCCCCACUGAAAUCUUUCUUCGAUGGUGGCUGUCAUCUCAGCAAGCAGGACUGCUGCUUUGCUUACUCGUACCAAUUACGGCAAGCUCCAUCUGAGCACCUGUCGAGCUCUCUGGCUGCACCUGUAAUGAGCUCAUUUGAGAGGCAGCUCCAUUUUCACCAUUUUUUCCCCUCUCGGUUCAUCUGUACUCUGUAUAGCUUAAGCUUAAAAGGCAUACCCCUUGAAACCAAUUACUGAAUUACUGUCUCAGACGUAAUGGCCGUCGUGUGAUCCCUUGGUUGAUGCAGAAGAUAGUUGUACGUAAGGAAUUUGGAGAAAGUAGACAAGACCCUGUUUUCAUGGAUGAUCCGGACUUUUCGUUGUUCAUCUAUAGCCAGCUUUUGUUUUCAUAUCUUCUUGAUCAAGCUCAGUGGUCUGCACGUGGAUGACAAGGCAUGGCUGCUGGAAGAGGAAUACCAAAAGUGGACCGAGUAAAUAAAAGAACACUAAGAACACAGCUUGCUUUCGUGAUUGGAUCAUUAUGCUACACGGUACAAAAAAUGGGUUGCUAUCUAAAUGGACAAAACACGGUACUAUGAUUACACCGAACAUCACGGUUUUGGAAGAUGAAAAGAAGAAAAGAAG